ACUUUUAUACGUCUUCUGUUUCCCUAAUCUCGAUUGGUUAUCGAUGGCUGACCUGCUUAUUUAUGCAUGAAGUCGUACAAAUAUGCAGCAAGUAGCAAACAAUGCUGCAGCUUCGGUUUGUUGGAGCCAGGUUUGCGCAACAAUCGUUUUUGGAGGACCCGAGUGUAACAAUACACCCCCUUCAAAAGCAGUCCCCUAAAUAUCAGCCACUCUUGCUAUCCUCCCACUGCUAAUCAACAGCUCGUAUCCAUCUAGUCUAGCCUACGCAACAUGUUUCCCCCGCCGUGGGCCCGUGACCCGAGGGGACCUGACUUCUCCUACUAUCUCGGACCUCGACAACCCCGCCACCAGAUCAUGGGUUCUCGCUCACCCUGCCCCGAUCCGUACGGUACCCACGCCCGGCGCAGUUCCCAUCCAAGCCACGGUAAGCCGCACAAGCACACGCGCUUCUCCGAACCCGACACGACAUCCAGCUCCUCCUUCUCCUCGUCGGAAUGGGAGGAGCCGUACGCGCUCGACACCGAAGAAAGCUUCUUCGACACGCACCGUGCCCCGACUUUCCAGGUGCCGCGACGCCGCUUCUCAGCGCGCCUCUUCGAUAGCGUCCCGGACCUAAGACGCAUGUCUCUCGCCCUCCCCGCCGCAACAGCAAACGACCUGAGACCCGACGACGUCCUCAUCCUACCCCCGUUGGUCCAUGUACACAUCCGGAUCUACCUACCCCACGCGCGGCCAGAGGAGCUGCGCGCCGCGGUCCCAGCAUCAAUGGCGUUUGGCGACAUGAGCCAGCAAGUUAUCCACUCGUAUGUCGGCGAUAGAGCGAGGGGUUACGAUGUCACGGUUCGUGUGGAGCAGCGAGGGCGGAUGAAGGAGCCGUCUUCGUCGGCGACGCUGGAGGAUUUGGGGCACAGAGGUGAGGUUUUGCGGGACGGGCGCAGGGAAAUGAAGAUCGAGAUUGUGAUCGGUGCGGACGAGGAGCGGAUGGGUGACUUGGGAAGGUAUGGAGGCAGGGGCCCGCAAGGCGGUGCUGCGCAUGUGGAGACUGUGAGGAGAAGAGAGGUAAGCAGAACUAGAUUUGCGCACGUUUGAGAGGCUGUGGCGGCCUCAGACCAAAAUAGCUUUCAUGAACCGGUUGAUAAAGACGCUUUGAUAAGUAUGGAACAAGUCAGAUACUGCUGUGUUUGUGGUGUUCAUGGACAUGUAGCUGGCGCGCCAGCUGUCAGAUGAUCUUUGGUGUCACAGGCGCACAGACAGAUUCGUU